UGAGUAUCUGAUUUCGAAAAAAUAUAGGCAUAUGUUAGUUUAAAUGUUGUAGUAUCGCAACCGCUAGAAUAAGCAAAAUGGCGUCCACCUUGGAAAAGGAAAACGAAAGUAAAGACAAAGAUUACGUUCUAGCGAAAUCUUUAGGUGGUGGUCCUCUUGGUAUAGGUAAGCAUAUAAAAUUUAGAAGAAUUAAUGGCUGAAAUUAAGUUAGAAUGCAUGAUAAGUAAUUUAAAAAUAAGGCUUAAGUUAAAGUGAGUAAUUUGUGAAAGUUAAAGUCAAUUCAAUAUUAUUCAAUACUCAAUUGUCAAUACACAAUAGUGACAAUGUCAAUAGGCAUACUCAGACUGUGAGUUGAAGAGUGACUGACAGUUUCAUUUGAAGUUGAGCGAGAUAAAAAAUGAAAUGAUAAGUCAGUCUGAAACUGAACUGCACUGCAAUACAAUUUACUGAAUGUACAAAUUUGUAAAAAUCGUAAAUUCGGUAAUCUCAUAUUUUGGUGGAGUAAAUUAACAACCAUUGUGGAGGAAUGCACAUCAAUGAUGUCAUCAUUUUAUAUAUACCAACCAAUGCCAGUAUUGAAUACCAGUACAGCUAGUGCUCGACUUACAGCCAUGAUCAGUUCUGACCGACUGGUCAUAACAUGAUUUGGUCGUAAGUUGAGUACACUAUGUGUACAAUAAUGUGAACAGUGAAAGUGAAGUGAUGUUAUAAAAAUAUUUAAGUUAAAUUAUAUUAUACAUUUCUUUUAUUAUUGUUAUAAAUCAUAAUUUUCGAUGUGGUCGUAAAGUUGAAUGGUCGUAAGUUGGCUAGGUCGUAAGUCGAGCACUAGCUGUAUUGAGUAUUGUAAUUCAAUAAUAAAAAUCAACAAAAACUCCAUAAGUGAUAACAGUUGAUAUAUUUUUUCCCCCAAAAUUCUUGAUAAAAAAUUGGAAAACGGUAUUGCUAUUGCUUAGCAUCCAGUUCUCUUUUAAAAUGAUAUAUCACACAACCUAUUUAACCAAGGAUAACAAAAGGCACCUUUUAUCUAUAUAAAAAAGCACUGCAUUGUAGUAAUUAAAACUAUUUUCUGGAACUUAUUAUUAUUAACAAAAAUAUUAUUUUCCUUAGUGCCUCGAGUUUAUUAUAUAUAGUUGGACUAUAUAGAUUAAAGGUGCAAAACUAAGCUGUGGUCAAAAGCAUACUUUCAAGGGGCGCCACAGCAAGAAUAAAUCAAUGUUUAUUUAUGGCAAGGUGGACAGAGUCAGAGCUGUAAGAGAUAUUAUGUCAAAUUUUGUUGCAGAUAGCUGCCCUUUCCCAAAGCCACAUGAAAAGCACCCCCCUCCCCCCGUUGGUCAUAACUCAUGGGCCAACAGACAGAAAGUGGUUUUCCUAACAGGGGACCUCAAUGAAAUUCUUUUACAAGGUCUUCCUCUCUGUUAAGACGACCCUGCUGGAUAGGCCUAGUUUUCAGAAUAGGCUUGGAUUUGUUUAUAAUUAAAUUUGCACAAAUUUUAUAAAGGGUUAGAAAUCUUUAAUUGAUGAUGAUAAAAUACAAGAUUACCAAACCAAUUAAUAAUGAUAAACAUUUCAUUAGUUGAUACUCAGGAGCAGACGAGUAAAUUACAAUUUUUAAGGCCUAGGCCUACUAUUUUUUACAUUAUUAUUUUGUAAUUCAUUUGAAUUUGUGUUUCUCAAAUUUAACAACAGGUGAUCCAAAUGACAGAAGUCUAAGGAAGGCGGAAAGUGAAAUCAUGAUUCCACAAAAAAUGAAGUUGAAAGCAAAAACGGAAAGAUGUGCAGAAGAAGUGAAAAGUAAUUGAAACCAUUGCCUCAUGACCAUAGCAAAUAAAUUAUGAAUUCAGUAUGAAUAGGCCCUAUAGGCUUAUACUAAUAUAAUUACUAUGGCCAUGGCUAAAGCUAAAUAGCAUGAGGAUGUUUUUGUUUUAAAAUAUCUCAUGAAUACAAUUAUUGCACAACAAUACACAUGAUUAGUGCUGAUAUUUUAAAAACAUUUGAUUAAUUUUAUAUUACAUACCAUAUACCAGUGGCGUAGCUAGGGUUGGUGUCGUCCGGUCUUGUUAGUCAGUCGUGAGUCGACCAUGACCACUUUAAUCAUCAGAUUUGUGCUAGUUCUGUCUGUGGGUGCGUAGAUUGGCACAAAAUUUUCUUGUGCAAUAUCUGCAAGGGAAUGACGAGGCAUCACGGGGAGCAGAGUCAGACCGGGCCUUCCUGGCAUGUCUCUUGCGCUCUGCAGCCAUGGUUCUGCCAACUUCAUGUUGCAUGGAGCUCCUGUGUAAAGUGGAACGCCAUGAUGUUCAAUCCUCUGAUUUUUCCUCCCAUGUGUCUGGGUUUAAGUCGAACGCUUUCAGUGAGGCAUUUAGGUUGUCUUUAAAACUUUUCUUCUGCCCACCAGCAGACCGCUUUCCUUGUUCGAGCUCAACAUAGAAAAUUCUUUUGGGCAGAUGGUCGUCUGACAUUCUCACAACAUGUCCGGCCCAGCGAAGCUGCGACUUCAUUAAGAUGGUAAAGGUGGUGGGGAGACCUUCCUGUGUGAGCACCUCAGUGUCUGGGACUCAGUCCUGCCAUUUAAUGUUGAGGAUUUUUCUGAGUCUUGUUGUAUGAAAAUGGUUCAGCAUUCUUGCAUGGUGUUGGUUUACUGUCCACGUUCCACGGGCAUAUAGAAGCGUAGGGAGAACAGCCGCCUGAUAUACUUUCAGUUUAGUUUGAGUGCUAAUACCUCUCUUGGUCCAUUCGUUAUUAGUCAAUUUACCAUAGGUUGCACUGGCUCUUGCAAUACGGAGGUUAACCUCUUCACCGAUGCUUGCACUUUGGGACAAUGUGCUGCCGAAAGAAGAAUAGCUAUUUACCACCUUAAGACUUUUGCCAUAUAUGUGGAUGUUGGGCUCAACAAAAGGUCUUCGAGAAGCUGUUUGGUAUUGGACCUCAGUCUUUUUUGUGUUAAUGGUGAGCCCGAAGUUUGUGCAAGCAUCAGCAAAGUUUGAAGCAAGAAAAGGUAAAUUUUAAAUAAAGUAAAUUUAUUGUAAAAAUAACUAUAACUUAACGUUGUUACAGUUCUUAAAUACAUGUACCUCUUGAUCUUCAAUUGAUUGUAUCUGUUCUUGUCAUUUUUAUACUGUGGAUUUACUUUAACAAGAAGAAAUCCCGAUGCGGUAAACUCAUGUUGUCACCCCCAACUUCUACAAUGGAUUUCUUGUACUGUUUUAGAACGGGCAAUUUAAUUAAAUAACUGUACUUAACAGCGUUAAGUUAUAAUUAUUUUUUCAAUAUAUUUACUUUAUUUAAAAUUUACCUUUUCUUGCUGCAAAUCUGUCAAUCACUUGAUCGAAGCCAAUAUCCUUCACCGGAUUACUUUCAAUUGAUAGCCAGAUCAGAAAACAUUGACUGUCCCAUGGUGGUUCGUAAAUAAGUCUUGAAAGCCUUAGUUUUGAAAAGCUCCGCUCACAUGAAGCCAUAGACACACAGAUCGUAAGAAACAAUUGAAGGCUUUGCCAGAAUAUUGGACGACAUUUAAGGAAGUCCGAUUCAGCAGUGAAAAUCAAAACAUCACAUACAGACCAGUCCAGGACAUUGUGAAAUUCUAUAUCAGCUGCCUUUAGGUGCCUUCUAAGCCUUGGUAUUUCUUUUAAAAGUUCAUCUUCUGAAAACUCAUCAUAGAAAGAGAUUAAUAACUCUUCUUAAAUGCUGAUAGUAGACUUUGGGUUGAACAGCCCCAAACAUAUCUAGUACUUCCUUGAUCUCUGGUGAUUUGAUCUGGAGUUCAGAAUGAAAGUAAUCAAUACUGCAGCAUCUCCCUACUGUUUUCUUUUCUCAUAGAGGUUCCAGUCUCCUGCUAUUAUCAUUUUAAACUUUAAAAUGCUCCCUACCGAAAUUCCAUAUUGGUCUGAUUUUAAAAGUGCCUUUUCAAUAGCAUGUUCCGCCAAGUGGCAGUGAUUCUCGUGCAGAAAUAAUCUUAAGGCCUCUAAAUUGAUCACCACUUUGUUAAGAGUAAAGCCUCUUAGUCUGCAGAUACUGCUGUGUAAGAUAAACUUCCACAAGUAGAUCAGCCCAAAGGUAAAGGUAGCAGAUAAAUUUGAAAUCACAGCCCUUGUGUUGUACCUCCAGUAUCCAAAUUUUCAAGAGAAUCACAUAGGAUUUCAUUCGUCCCCCACACAUUCAUCAAACAUAUCUUUCAUUGUUUUAAAAGCAGCAUGAUGAGCACUCCAAUGUGUUGUUGAUAACCUUUUCACCGACAUUCCAGUGUUUUCAUUCAAUUAAAACAUCCCAUCGAUGAGUGGAUGCAGCAGAGAAUUAAAAAAUUGUUUCAAGAGUACUGAAAAAUGUACUACAUGAAGCAUUUUAGGCAAAAGAGUGUCACUUAAGAACGUUACCAUACACUUAAUCGGCAUUGAAUUCUUGUCAAAACGGUGUUUCUCUGACCUAGUUAUAGGUAUCACCUCAUUUCUGAGGCAUCAACCUCACACUGUUAAUAAAGCAAGCAUUUGGAUUGGUUACAUGUAUGUAAAAAUGAUGUGUGAUAGGUUAUCCUUUCAUGAAAUUCUGUUAGACCGAGCAGUGUUGGCUCUGUAAAUAUGCAAUUUUUCAAUUUGUUGUCACCCCCUGAGAUGGUGACACCCAGUGCGGUCCGCAACCCCCUAGCUAUGCCACUGCCUACUAGGUAUGACUCAUGUUGGCACGUAUUCAAUGAGUCACGUGAGUUAUUUUUUUAGCACUAAAAGACAUUAAAAUAAUUAUAAUCGGUGAUUUUUCUAAGUAUCAAUGGAAAGAACACUGCUUAAAAGAAUUGUUGUCCAUUUUCCAGAGUUUGGUGAGUGUGCUAAAGAAAAAGGUCUAAUGAUGCCAUUUUUAUGCCGGGCUGUUGCGAAAGAAAUGGGAAAUUGUCUUUCAGCAGCGUAAGUAGAAUAUUUAAAUCAGCACAUGAAAAUAUAUUGAUACUGAUAUACAAUGAAUAUGUAUAUUUACACUUACUGCCAUUUAAAAAAAAAAAAAAAUUAUACUUUGAUAUCCUUUUUCUUGGAAGAUUUUUAUGUACAUUCGCAUAUGCAGCAUUAAAUCAUUACCUGGUAUGCUGGGUAUCAUGCUUAGAAAAUUCACUGGCAAACAAAAUAAUAAUGCACUCAACUUUUUCAGUUAUUCAGAUCCAUCGUUUGUGGACCAGUGCACCAAAGAGUAUCUGGAUGAAAGGUCAGAAUACAGACGGACAGGGGUGAAAGCAAAGGCAAAAAAGAAAGAGGCAGUGAUGUAGAUGCUGUGAAUGAUGGUUGCUGUAAUGAGUCAUGUGGAUGUUUUUUUUCGUGAAUGUAAAAUAUGAGAGUGAUUGUCAUCAAAGUAAAGCAGAAUUAAUGGCAAAUGAUACCUCUUUAAAUGCAUUAUGUUAUCUGACUAACAAUACUAACAUUAUCAUUAGGAUUUACCAUGUCAAGCCAACUUUAAAAAAAAAAAAAAAAACAAACUGUAUCAGUUGACUGCAUGAAAAAAGUAAAAUGAUCAACAUUUAAAAAAAGAAAAAGAAAACAUGUUCAUAUUUUUUUAAAUGCAUUAUGUUAUCUGAAUAAAAAUACUAACAUUAUCAUUAAGAUUUACCAUGUCAAGCCAAAUUUAAAAAAAAAAAAAAAAACAAACUGUAUCAGUUGACUGCAUGAAAAAAGUAAAAUGAUCAACAUUUAAAAAAAGAAAAAGAAAACAUGUUCAUAUUUGUUUUAAAAAGGAAAGAAUGUAUUAUAUAAGAUAGUUUUAAUGAAAACCAUGUUUAUUGUUACUGUACUUAAAAUGAGUUAUUUCACCUGCCACAUUCUUUUUUGCAUUGAUUACACUAAAUAAUAUAAUUAACUGAAACUAAAUGUGACCAGGAUGACUUAAACUAAUCAAAUAAUCUGAUUAUGGUACCCAGUAAUCCCACUAGUAUGAAUGUUUUAAACAAUUUAGGUGUACAUAUAUUUAUAAAAUUCAGUUCACCAAAAUUACAUACUGUGUAAAAGAAGUGGGGUGAUUUGGAUGUUUAUAGCCUACAUAUUUUAUAACUAUGUUUUCUGUCAAGGACACAUUUUAAUUAUGUUUGAUGAAGGUGUUUUCUAAAAUCACUCUAAGUUAAUUAAUCACAGGAAAUAAUAGUGAUAAAUAAAUGCACUGUAUGAGUUUGUUAUUGUUUUUGCAUACUGACCACUCCAUACCCCCCACCCCUUUAUAAAAUAUAAUUUAAAUUACAUUUUGACAAAAUGUAAAAUUGAGAAUUGUAUUAUGUCUUAAUUAAUUAUGUUAAAAUAUGUUCUAGAUAAAAGAUGUUCCCAAACACAUUUUUCUUGCCUUGCACUUGCAUUAACCAAAAGUCUGUGAUUUGUCAACAUUUAAAGAUUUUAUUUUUUUAAGUCACUCAGUUGUUGUGUAAUGGGUUUCUGCAGUUCAAAUGUGACUUCAGAAUUUGUAACCAGGUAUAAGAUGUUUGAGGCCCCUGUCAUAAAAAUUAAACACAGAAAAUAAUUACUUUAAUGAUUUUCAAGGCUGUGUUAUUUCAACUUGUUGUAUAAAUGAGAUAUUUUUUAAUAUAUAUUUUAAUUUUAAAGUUGAUUUUGUUAUGAGUUCUUGUACCUCUGAGUGUGCUUGAACUUGUUUUAAAAGUGUCCUUUCAUAUACAAAUAUGUGUCAACAUCUCUGUCUUCAUCUCGAGAUGGCAGCAUAAAUUUAAGUGGGUUUGUGACUAGGCUUGAACAUACUAUCUCAUAUAUUGCUCCCAACUCGACUAGCCUGUGCUGCAUAAUUUUUUAAUUCAAAUGACCAAUCUGAAAUGUGCCCCUGAUGUUAUCAGUUUGGUACACAAGUGUUGCGAAAGGCCUUGGCUAAAAUACAACAGAAAUUAAAAUUAAAGAGGUGCUGACUGUGCAUUCAAAAUGAGUUUAUGUGGUAUUAGUAUGUAAUGGUAAUAAUUUAAGCUUAACUAACAUAAACAACUGUGGCACAAUUGUUUAUGUAUAAAAACCUUAUGAGGGAAACAAUGACAUAUACAUAAGGUGGGAUUGAACUUAGUCUUAAGAUUAACUUUUAUACAUUUUUAAUUCAUUAUAGUCAAAAUUAACAUUUAUAUAUUUUAAAUUCGUUAUAGCCAUUAUAUUCAUUCUCAGAAACGGGGAAAAUUGGGAUUCGAUUCAUUCUAAAUGAUAUAAAUGUGUUUUAAAAAUGUGGCGGCAUUUCAACAAGUG